GUAUCACAUGAACGAGCGGGGACCAAUCGGCGCUGUCGGAGAGUGCUGGCUCCUUGACACCAAGAUAGGGGGAAAAGACUGAAUAAAAGGAAACCGUGCCAGCGAUCCUGUAAUGACCACAAAACCCCACGGAAGAGCCUACAGCUGCCGCCAUUGGAUAUUUUGCCCUUUUUUCAUUACUCCCAUGCGUUCCUCGGUGUGGAUUAUUGUGUUUGGCACCGGGGCGGACGGAAUGGAUAAGGCCAUGGCCCUAACAUAUUGAAUAGCUCGUUGGUGGUGGUGGGGGGAGGCGAGAGGCGCACAGUGGAGACAAUUUAUGGGGCAUUGUGCGGGGAGGAAAAUGGUGGAUUAUACGAUACGAUACGAUAUCCUACCGUAAGACACUGUUUGGUGGCAUUUCUGUGCCUGUCUUGGCCGUGUCUAUAGUAACUGAGGUCGUGUUAUAGCGGUUGGUAGGUAGGUACCCCCCACCUUCCCCCUUGCUCCAGCUCGAUCAAAACGACCUGAUCUUUCUAUUUUUCAUAUACAUGUAGGAUUCUUGGAUCGUUGUGACGCGUUCGCCCCCCCUCCCCCUUCCCCCCCGAGAGCAACAUUUGGAAACAAUAAACUGUUGGAUUACUUAAGUAUGGAUUUCAACAGCGGCGGAGGGAGCAACGAGCUGCACAACAACCAGUUUUAUCAGUGCGAGGAGAACAAGCCUCUGCUGGGGGAGAUGUCGGAGGGGAAUAAUAACACCAAGCUGGGCGCAGGGCCGUGCAAGAGGUCCCUGCACCACUGCAGCAGCAGCGGGAUGCGAUACAAGCUGCUCCACGAGGGGGACAUCCAGGUGUGCGUGGUCAAACACCCCCGCACCUUCCUCAGCAAGAUCCUCACCUCCAAGUUCUUGCGGAGAUGGGAGCCGCACCACCUCACGCUCACAGACAGCAGCCUGACCUCGGCUACCCCCACGGGUUACAUGGAGACGUCGUUGUCCUACAGCUCCAUAGAAGACCUGCAGCUCCUCUCAUGGGACAACGCUCCAAAGUACUGUGUCCAGCUCAGCUUCCCUGGUGGCACCGUCCUGCUGCAGGCUGCAAACAGCUACUUAAGGGACCAGUGGUUUCACUCCCUGCAGUGGAAGAAAAAGAUCUACAAGUACCGCAAGGUCCUGAACAACCCGAGCCGCUGGGAUGUGGUGCUGAAGGAGAUCAGAGCGCUGGUAGACAUGGCUCUGACCUCACCGCUGCAAGACGAGUCCAUCCACCAGGCCCCCCUGCACAUCAUCUCCACCCUGCUGGCUGAGAACUCUAACCUCAGCACUCAGGAUCAUGAGAACAUCAUAGUGGCCAUUGCUCCACUUCUGGAAAACAACCACCCACCACCUGACCUGUGUGAGUUCUUCUGUAAGCACUGCCGGGAGCGACCACGGUCGAUGGUCGUGAUUGAAGUGUUCACUCCUGUGGUCCAGAGAAUUCUCAAACAUAACAUGGAUUUUGGAAAGUGCCCUCGACUUCGUCUCUUCACUCAGGAGUACAUCCUGGCUCUCAACGAGCUGAAUGCUGGGAUGGAGGUCGUGAAGAAGUUUGUCCACAGCAUGCACGGGCCAACAGGGCAGUGCCCUCACCCACGUGUCCUGCCAAACCUGGUUGCAGUGUGUCUCGCUGCGAUUUAUUCCUGUUAUGAGGAGUUCAUCAACAGUCGGGACAACUCCCCCAGCCUGAAGGAGAUCAGAAACGGCUGCCAGCAGCAGAACGACCGUAAACCUCCGAUGCCACUCCGCCUGCUGCGUCCUGAGCCUCCUACACCGCCUCCUGCUACCAUCCUCCCCCUGUCCACUAACCCCAGUCCCCCUCAGCCACCUCCCCCCGCCGCCUCAAAUCCCACCACAUCCAUUCCCGUCUCCUCCUCAACGCCCUCCCUGCCCCUCUCCCCUCCUCCCUCUGUUGUCAACUCCAGCGAGAUCCUGGUGGAGCUGGAGCGAAACAACAACUCGGCCAACGCCAGGCGGAAGGGCGGACCGUCGGGGGGUGACAGCGAACCCAACCUCAUCGACUGUCUGCUGGUCAGCCCGGCCGUCAACACUCUGUCCAUCCAGCUGCCAGCGCAGGCCGACCGAGUGCUGGGCUGCUUCGCCCUCAUCCUCAAGAUGCUGUCGGACUAUGAUGACUGGAGACCUGCUCUGGCCAGCCUGCUGCAGCCCAUCCCCUUCCCUAAAGAGGCCCUCGCACAUGCCAAAUUCACAAAGGAACUGAAGUAUGUUAUUCAGAGGUUUGCGGAGGACCCAAGGCAGGAGGUCCAUUCCUGCCUACUCAGCGUGCGUUCUGGUAAAGAUGGCUGGUUCCAGCUCUACAGUCCAGGAGGUGUUGCCUGUGAUGACGAUGGAGAGCUGUUUGCCAGUAUGGUUCAUAUCUUGAUGGGCUCCUGCUAUAAAACCAAGAAGUUCCUGCUCUCUCUGGCUGAAAACAAGCUGGGUCCCUGCAUGCUCCUGGCCCUGCGUGGAAACCAGACCAUGGUGGAGAUCCUGUGUCUGAUGCUGGAGUACAACAUCAUUGAGAACAAAGACACCCAGCUGCAGAUCAUCUCCACCCUGGAGAGCACCCAGGUGGGCCUACGCAUGUACGAGCAGCUCUGUGACCGACAGAGAGAGCUCAAAGAACUGCAAAGAAAAGGAGGCCCCACCCGGCUGACUCUUCCCUCAAAGUCCACGGAUGCUGACCUGGCCCGCCUGUUGAGUUCAGGUUCUUUUGGGAACUUGGAGAACCUGAGCCUGGCAUUCACCAACGUCACUAGUGCCUGUGCUGAGCAGCUCAUCAAGCUGCCUUCACUCAAACAGCUCAACCUUUGGUCCACACAGUUUGGGGAUGCAGGGUUGAGGUUGUUAUCGGAGCAUCUGGCCUGUCUUCAGGUUUUGAACUUGUGUGAGACGCCCGUCACCGACGCUGGCCUGCUGGCUCUCAGUUCCAUGAAGAGUCUGUGCAGUCUGAAUAUGAACAGCACCAAGCUCACAGCUGACACAUAUGAGGACCUCAAGGCCAAACUUCCCAACCUGAAAGACGUUGAUGUUCGGUACACAGAGGCCUGGUGAUCAACCAUGCUCACACACCCCUCAUACAUAACCAGACACACACACAAACAUAUGCACACACUGCACACAGGCUCAGAUACGUACCAUGAAAAUUGCGGUGAUGUCCUCUCCAUCGCCACCAUCAUUAGACCAGGAACUCUGACAUCAUCCCAGCAUGAGGAUCACCUGACCAGAACAUCGCUGACACAUUUACGUCAGAGGAGCAGCCUUCAUCAGCUUCAGACGGCAUCACUAACCCCUGUAGUGACGCCAUCACCAGGAAAGAACUGUCUAGUCAGCUUCAGCAUCACUUUUUUCUAAAUGAGAAAUCUUUAUGGACCUCGUUGCUCCCCUUACUUCUGUCACGGAUGUUCCGAGGACCUUGUUUUUACCGACUUGGGGGCAUCUGAGGACAUGCAAAGACCCGCUAUGUUGUGACACAAGGGACCCUUUUCUCUCUCUGUCUUUAUCCUGUGCCCUGUCUUUCAUAUAUGGUCUCUCGGUUUUCAUAUUUAGUUUCAAUCCAGCUCCCCGGCCGUUGCCCUCCCACCUCUGUGUGUCCGUGUCGUGAGGAAAACCUGAAUCGACCCUCUCCCCUCAGAGCCUUCCUCUCUUUUUCUCUCAUGCGAUGAAGGCUGGAUACAGCAGCUCACAUUCCAGUUCUUCUCUGAUCUGACCCACAGUGUAGCUCUCCAAAGGGACACGUUGAGCUGUUCAUCACUCCGGUCCUCACUCUCGCGCUCUUUGGCUCGAGCUUUCAGGUUCAGAUUCCAGUCUUUUCAAGUCUUUCAUUGGGAAAAUGAGGUGCUACCUCUGAGAAAAGAACAGUUGCAAGACUGUGCCUAUUCCUCAUACACGACACGUUCACACACACACACACACAAAAAAAAAAAAAAGGUUUUUAUCAACUUGAAUGAACAUAUUUUUCCAGACAUCUGUGCUUUCAUAUACUGUGCGUUUCUAUAUAAAACAUAUAUAUGAAGAAAAGCCCAGUGAUGACAUUUCAGAAACAUUGCGGGAGCUCUGCAGGAACAUUAAACGACGAUGGCAACAUUUGUUCAUUUUUCAUUUGUUUUCAGUGUACAUGCCCAUUACUAUUUAAUAGGACAGUUGUGUAGCAGUAGCUGGGCGGUCUGGGACUGCCUAAUAUUUAUAAGUUGUCUCUUUAAAGCCUCCUUUGCUCUCUCUCUCCUGGAUUUGUCCCACAGUAAUGAAGUACACAGGUCCUGUUGUCUUUUUUGCAACAUAUAACACAAGAAGCCAACCAAGAGGACGCCCAAACAUGGAUCUCUCUGUACCAUGCCAUGGUGUCAAUGUAGACCUGUAAAGUGGAUUGCAGUUAAUCUAAAGUGGACCUGUAAACAACCAGCUGAGAGUUGUAUAUUUUCGUAUCCUCUGUAAUUUGAGACGGUUUUGAAAAGAAGAAAGGACUCUUGCCAAACAUCUGUAUCGGCUUUAGUUUUUGUUUUGUGCACUUGUUUCAUCAGGCUAACAUGAGCAUUGUCUCAUUACUGAUUGGUUUAUCAAGUGGAACCUGUCCUGUGGAGAGACACUGACACUGUUUGGAUUCACGUAUCUGACCGCCCCACCACCACCACCACCACCCUGCUGAGGUCAAAGUAAAGAGUGGCAGUGCCUCAGGUGGAGCUGUGGAUGAGUUGCCUAUUGUUAUGUUUUUAAUCUGUCACAGCACCUGUUUUGAAUUGUUCUGCUGUAUUUAUAUUAUGCCAUAAUACAUAGGUGACAUUUUUAGGCUGUGUGGAUGAAUAAUUCUCAUCAGAAGAUGGGACAAAAUUAGUGCACAUAUUCUAUCGUAAUGAGCUAUAAGGGACAAUGAUUGGAAAAAGGCACCUUUCGGCCAUAUUUGUCUGUCUACAUUCCCUCAAAAUGUUGCCUGUUUAUUGUUGCAACAUUUCAUAUGAUGCGGUAACUGCCCUGACACACUGCAAGUCUCUCAGAAUCUCUUGUCCCUCUCUGUCUAGAUUUGUCUUGUUUCAGUGGCCCUAGAAAACACAAGACAAGUCAGAUUUCCACCCUUUCUUCAGUCAGCCUCGCUCUGACUGCAUCCAUCCAUUUUAUUUAUUCAUGUCGACCUCCAGAACGCUCCAGAUGUUUGUUGAAUCAAGGCAGAAGCUGCAGCAGAGGACAUGAUGCCGUCCGCAUAGAGAUGCUUUAUUUCCUAUUUAUUGGGUGCCAUAACAGAAUCCUGUUUGGCCUGUAGACUCGGUUUGUGUACGACCAUCUUUGGGUCUAGCUUUUAGGACCUUGUGCUCUCUUUCGUAUCCUGUAUAAUGUAUAUACAAGUGUAUAUAGUUGUCUCCUCCCUUCCUCUCUUUGAACCCCUUUUUUCCUUCAUCUUUUCUCUAUUUCUCUCGGCCUCCCUUCAGCGGCAGGCUGGUGUUGCCUUCAUGUUUGUGUGGUUGUUUUUUUCACACAAAAGUGCACUGUAAUCUAACAAAGUAUGUUUUCAUAAUAUCUUUUAAGUCUUUGAUUUGAUCACUUUAAUCAAACAUUUAGUGUACUACUCGUUUAGUUUUUAUUUGCAUGUACAUGUUGCUGCGUCAUCUGGUCUUUUUAUUUUGUAAUUUAGUUUUAUAAAUAUGAUAAAGGGUCUGAUCACUAUCUCACUGAGGUUAGGGACUGAAAUGGAGAGAUCCCUACUAUUUUCUGAUUGUCUGGUUGUUGACAGGAUCUACCCAUGAGCCUUGACAGGUCCUGUUGGUCGAAGCAGUUUGGGUUCGAUUGAUAUUGAUUUUCUGAAAAGCCAAUACCAGUAAUAGUACUUUAACAUUUUAGUUUGACUAUAUUCAUAUCAAAAAGUGCAAAUACUUCUUGUUUCCCCGAGUAUGUUGUUGUAAUCCUGCCAGACAAAAAUAUCAGAGGUGGACCUCACUGACCGGCCAUUAUCUUUUUUAAUAAAGUUGUUGGUUCCAUGCAUCAGCAAACUGAUAAUUCAGUGCAACUGUAGUUUUGUUUUAUCGUUGAUGUUGUCUAAGUAUGAAAGUUUUAAAGGAAUAGGCUUACUCGCUUUUCUGAUGGGAGUUAGAUGAGAAGAUUGAUAAUGUCAUGUCCAUCCAUUUAAUAUGAAGCUACUGUCAGCAUCUUGUUAGCUUAUCUUUAGCAUGAAGAUUGGAAACAGGUGGAAACAGCUUGCCUGACUCUGUCCAAAGUCCUCGUACCAGCAUCUCUAAAACUCACUGAAGACCAUAUUAUAUCUUGACGUGGAAAACGUCUCUCUGCUGGUUGGCAGGCAACCUCACGGUGAUGACAAGACUCCAGGAAGUCUCUGCACCAAGGAGUAGUCCAGAACAUAAAUCCCAAUGUGUCGUCUUCACGCUUUAGAGGUGCUGCUUUGAUUUUGUUAUUUUUGGACGGAUCCAGGUUAGCUGUUUCCUCUGUAGCCCAAUCCUUAAUGUGCAGACAUGAGAGUGGUAUUGAUUUUUCUAUCUAACUCAGCGAAUAAGCAUAUCACCAAAAUGUCAAACUACUCCUUUAAAGAAGUGGGCAGACUCGGGGAAAAUUCUGUCACUAAAACUCAUCCCACAGUUUUUAGGCCAUUAUGAGCUGCCUCUAGUCCAAACUGUGAGCCUGGGGGCCAGCCUGUUGAGGUUAUAAUGGAAGGUUUUUGUAUUACUGUAGAACAUGUAAUGGUUGAAUAGAAAUGCCUCUUCUGUUCUGUCAUGUCUCCGUAUCCUGUGGAGCUCACUGUGCUUUGCUUUCCAUUGCCAUCCUGAUUCCUCCCUCUUGUCGAUUAUCUCCGAUGUUUUUUACUCUACACAAACUGUAAAGAGUUUCUACCAUGUCCAAGUUGUGCACAGCUGUGCUCAAGUCUUAACAGUUGUUAUGGAAGGAACAGAGUCAGAUGCAGCACAGCCUGACACGUCUGACAGACUGAAGAAAAUCUACUCUAUUUCCCAUAGUUCCUUGUAGUAAAAUCUUUUUUUGGCAGCUGGAAAAUGGGUGCCCAUCAUAUUUCUUUCUCUUUUUCAGUCUUUAUGCUUUGAUCUGCUUCUCCUGCUGGGUUAUUAUUAUUAUUAUUAUUGCUGCUGCUCUGUGGCUGUUGUAAUAAAAAUACAAAAGAUCUUCAACAGGAAAAAUAACAACUAUGAUGUGAAAUAAUUUCAAUCAAAAAUAAAUUGUCUGUGAAUAUGUUUCA